UGAUGGGCCCCGAGAGGUUUGCAGCCGGCUCCAUGGACUUUGCAGCCAGUGGCUGGAGCCGGAGAGGCGCACCAAGAAGCAGAUCAUGGACCUGGUGAUCCUGGAGCAGUUCCUGACUCUCCUGCCCCAGGAAAUGCAGGGCUGGGUCAGAGGAUGUGGGCCGGAGACCAGUUCCCAGGCGGUGGCCCUGGCCGAAGGUUUCCUCCUGAGCCAGGCAGAGGAGAAGAGGCAGGCAGAACAGAUGUGGGCCUCAUCCGUGAAGAAAGAAGCUACAUUCCCUGAGGCGGAAGGAGCUUCCUUGGAGCAAGGGCAGAGGGGGCAGACCGUGGAGCGUGUUGCUGCUCAUGUGUCUGAGCGAGAGGGGCUCUGA